CUGUCAGUGCACCCUCCGGCGGCUGAACGCAUCGAAUGGCAGGAGCACGGCAAGAGUUGGGGAGCGACCCUAGCUACUACAACAAGCACGCCAUUGCAGCUGCAAUGGCUGCACCUGCCGGGUCGCCCUUCUGGUCCCUCAAGCGCAGCCUCGCACGUCUGGACAGCGACAGCGGGAACAAGCAGUGCGUCGGCGCCGCGAUGUCCAGAAGCGUGGCCGCCCUGUCCUCGGGCGUCAGCGCCCCGACGGUCGACUACGGCAGCGUGGCUUCGACCACCGUACCCACCAGGAAGAAGAGGAGGCGGUCCGUCCACAGGGUCGACAGCGCGAGCCCAGAGGGACCGGAUUGCGGCUGCUUUACGUCGUCGGACGAGAAGACGCCGCUGACCCGUGGUGCUCCGUCGUCGAUGCGACGGCGCCUUCCCAGCGGCUCGCCUUCAUCGUGCCUCAGCGACGACGAGCUUUUAGACCCGUUCUGCCCGCCGUCGAAGAAAGGUGCCGCUGGCUCUUCGUGCGGCCUCGGUGGCUGCGAGCGACUCAAGCAAGCGGGACACGUGUUCAAGAAGUGUUUCCUCGUGGUCGCCCUGCUGGCUGCUGUGGUCCUAAUGGGCAUAUUUCCCGAAGCCGGUGAACAUACCAAGACCUACCAGUUCAACAUCAGCAGUGGCCGUGGAUCGCACCGAAUUCAUCUGGACGACUGGCACUCACCCGUUAUAUUCGCCUUGAGAGGGCCCUUCCUGCAUCGCUCCCUCGCGAAUGUUACUCACGUCUUCACAACUGUAACGCUGGUGACUUACGGCAACAGCACUUCUGAGGGGUCACCGUCGAGACUGUCGCAAAUUAUGCGCAUUCCAACGGUGGCGACUGUGGACGCCAUCGCCGAGACCAGCUUCGUCGUGAAAGACCAGUUUACCGUGAGACAAUACCAUGGAAAGAAUCUUGAUCUCCUCAUCGAGGCUCACGGUAGCCCGUCCGAAGUUUCCUACCCGCUUCAGAGCCUCCUGGAGCCUUCCGAGGUCGAGUUCGGCUUGAGCGUCCUCCUGGCAGCUUCGGUGCUGACAGUCCUGUAUUUACUCAUCGUGUUCGAGUUGGUCCACCGGACUUUGGCUGCGCUCAUUGGGGCCACAAUGGCGGUCGGUUCCCUGUGCGUCGUAGGCGAGCGUCCGAGCCUGACGCAAGUGGUCUCGUGGCUCGACGUGGAGACGCUGUGUCUCCUCUUUGGCAUGAUGAUCUUGGUCGGCGUCCUCUGUGAAACGGGCUUCUUCGAUUACGCUGCUGUGCUGGCCUACCGACUGGCUCACGGUCGCAUCUGGCCUAUGGUGACGACACUUUGCAUCUUCACCGCCGUCAUCUCCGCGUUCCUGGACAACGUCACCACGAUCUUGCUGAUGACACCUGUCACCAUUAAGCUGUGUGAAGUGAUGGACCUGGAUCCAAAGCACGUGCUCAUCAUCCUCGUGGUGUUCUCCAAUAUCGGUGGUGCGGCCACGCCAGUUGGUGACCCUCCCAACGUGAUCAUCAUAUCGAACGCUAGCGUUCGCUCCCUGGGCGUGUCCUUCACCACGUUCACGGCGCACAUGGUUCCUGGCGUCCUGCUCUGCGCGGUGGGGGCAUACAUCUAUUUGCGCAUCUUCUACCGGGACGUCAACAAGCUCCGUUCGGCUCACUGCUCCGACUACCUAGAGAUGGCGCACGAGAUCCAGGUGUGGCAGAAGGCCGUCUUCUCGCUGGCCGAGUACUCCCGCGACGAGACUCACGUGCGUCACGUGCUUCGCAAGAAGGUUCGCAAGCUGGUGCGUCAACAGAGCAAGCGCAGCCACUACGUCCGGUCCGCUACCCUGCCGCCGCCGCCGCCCAGCGCUGGCCCCGACCCCGUCGGCGGAAAGACCGCCUCCUGCGUGCUGGCCGAAGUGGAGUUCCGGGAGAAUCUCCGGGUGUUGAGCGAGAAGUACCGGAUUCGUGAACCGGCGCUCCUGGUGAAGUCGACCAUUGUUCUUGCCUCUGUCAUCGUUCUCUUCUUCCUCCAGAGCAUACCAGCGAUUCACCUGACACUCGGCUGGAUCGCCAUCUUGGGAGCCGUGAUGCUCAUGGUGCUAGCUGACACCCGUGAAUUGGACGCCGUCAUCGCUCGCGUGGAGUGGACCACGCUGAUAUUUUUUGGCGCCCUCUUUGUCGUCAUGGAGGCUCUAGUCGAGUUGAACCUUCUGCUCUACGUAGGACACCUGACGCAGAACUGGAUACGCAGCGUGCACCAUGACUCACGGCUUAUCGUCUCCAUUAUGAUCAUAACCUGGGUGUCCGCCCUGGCCUCCUCUUUUGUGGACAACAUUCCCUUCACUACAGUCAUGAUUAAAAUUGUGACCGGUCUUGCUGAAAGCGACUUGGGCCUCAAGCUGGGGCCACUAAUUUACGCACUUGCUUUUGGAGCCUGCCUCGGAGGCAAUGGCACCCUUAUUGGAGCAUCAGCGAACGUUGUCUGCGCCGGCGUUGCGGAGCAACAUGGCUACAAGUUCAGCUUCUUCGAGUUUUUCAGGAUUGGAUUCCCGCUAAUGGUGCUUACAACGGCUUUGUCAACCACGUGGCUCCUCGUCUGCCACGUCGCCAUGCACUGGGAUAUUUAAAUGCCCCAUUGACCAAUGGUGUCUAGGAAAAAGAAUGCGUGCACGUUUGCUCGCUAAGCGAGCGAUUCGAUUUUAUGUGGCGUUGUACUUUUAUCUGUGGAAUCGGUUCCGGUGUAAACUUUUAGCUGAAGUGUAGUUCCAGUAUCGAAUGCACGUUUACUUUUUAGCUGUUGCGUUGUUUUUUUUUUUCUUAGGCUUUUUGUCAACAAACGGUCAUUUUUGUUAUUUCUUCCAAGUUUGUACCGCUUUUUGCGUAGCAUUUUCAAGCUGGUAUUUCAAAGCAGUUUCAUUAUUAUACACAGUAAUAUAUAACGGCAGAUGUUCGUAAAAUUUUUUUGUAAGGCUGUCAGAAUGUUCUAAGCAAGCAACGCCCAGUGCUUCCCGAGUGACUGCUUCAGUGAGUCUUGUGUAUGAGUUGUUCGUUGCUGUACCAUCCCACUAGAAACGUUUUGCAAAUGUUGUAGAAUAAAUUUUUAUUCUGAAGAUGUGAA